UUUACGCGGCUUUUUUUCUUCAUUGUUUUACCAAAAUCUCAAGGUAAUUUGCUAUGAAAUGUUGCGCAAUAAACUCAAAAGGCACUCUUCAAAUCUCGAUGAGGCAUCAGCUUCAGCAGAAAAUCUAGAAAAUGAACCAGUAGCCAAGGAGACAAAAAUCGGCAGAGACAUAACCUCAAAUUUGUUCUCUGUUCCACUUUGGCAAAAACUCCAUGAAAUUGAAAUUCAGAUGAAUGAUGAAUUGAGGGGGCUGACAUUCAGUAAACCCGUGGGGGCUGUGUACAAUCCCGUUGAAUAUGCCUCAGAGUUGCAUUGUGCUUACAUGAGGAAGUUCCUGACGGGCAGGAAGCAUGUGCUGUUUAUUGGGAUGAAUCCGGGACCUUGGGGAAUGUGUCAGACUGGGGUGCCAUUUGGCUACAUCCCAGCCAUUAGGGAUUGGAUGAAGCUGGAGGGGGAAGUACAGAAGCCUGCAGGAGAACUUUCUGUGCGUCCGGUUGAAGGAUUGAAGUGCACAAGGGCUGAACAGAGUGGCCAGAGAUUUUGGGGAUUGUUUGAGAAUCUCUGUGGGGCACCUGAGAAUUUCUUUGAGAACUCUUUCGUCUACAAUCUCUGUCCAUUGGCAUUUUUUCACCCUUCCGGAAGGAAUAUCACUCCGGCUGAGCUCAAAGGCGAGGAGAAAAAGAAGCUUCAGGAGAUUUGCUCAAGAAGGCUCGCGGAGGCUAUCAAUCUCCUUGAACCUCGGGUUAUCGUCUCAAUUGGUCGAUAUGUUGAGGAUAGAGUCAAAGAACUCUUCAAACAGAACGCAAUAGAUCAUUCCAUUGCCCACAAAUGCCUUCCCCAUCCAAGCCCCAGGAGCCUCAACAACACAAACUGGGACGAGAAGGCAAGGAAGUGGCUCAUUGAUAACGAUAUCGACAGAUUCCUGAAGAAAUCUGCAGCUGAUGGAAUUCAUGGAGGAAGCUCUGAAUAAGGCCAGGGAAGCUCUGGCCAGAGGGGAAGUCCCCGUUGGAUGUUUGUUCAUUCGCAACGGGGAGGUAGUGGCUUCUGGAGGGAAUGAAGUGAAUGACACGAGAAAUGCAACAAGACACGCCGAAAUGAUCUGCAUCGAUAAAGUUCUCCGGAUCGCCCAAGAAAAAGGUAAUUAAAACCAUUUGAAUUCCUAAAAUCUUUAAUUCCUUCCCCUCAUUAAUUAAAGUUCAAUUUUUUUUAAUCAAAAAAAAACUAUUAAAAAUUGAUUAUUUGCUUUAAAUAUUCCCAGUGAUUCAUAUUCUGCUUUAAAAAAAAAAAACUAUUUUGUAAAUUUUAAAGAAUGUGUAACAUUCCUAUUAAAAUUGAUAAUAAAUUUUCUUGCUGCAAAUUAAUAAAAAAAAA